ACACAAACUGACAAACACAAAUCAAAAAACCCUAAAUUACCUUCUCUCCCCCUUAUCGAAACCACGAUCGAGAGAAACAAUCAUCUGAUAUAGGAAGAAAUUUUAGUUUCAAUUAUCGUUUUCCAUCUCUGCAAAAUCCUUACUUCUCCGUCUACACAUUCGUCUUCCCUGUUUUCUCUGUUUUAAUUUUUUUUUUCAGGAGAAGCCGAUUUCAUUUUCUAUGGAGCUACCGUAGAUUUGUGUCUUUGUUUUCGGUAUUUUGAUAAUAUUUUCUUGUGUUUUCUCUAAUAGUGACGUUUCUGUUGUGGAAUUAGGGUUUCACAUAUCCACUCUAUUUUCCUUACGGAGUUGUGGGCCUUUCGGCAUUUUGGACCGUGUAGCGAAAAUAUUCUGGUUUGGAAGCUGAGUAUUGUUAUUGGAGAAGAUGUCGUCGCAAUACCCGAUUCUUGAAAAUCGUCCAAUCGAUCAAUGGAAGGUCACAGAGCUGAAGGAAGAGCUUAAGAGACGUAAACUGACUACCCGGGGUUUGAAAGACGAUUUGAUAAAACGUUUGGCCGAAGCACUUCGCAUUGAGAGGGAAAAUGCUGUGAAGGAAGUUGAUGAUUUGGAUCCCAAACCUGUGGUUGAUGUGAAAAAUCCAGAAAUAGUGUCAGUUGUUACUGAAACAGUUAAGGAUCCUGUGGACAAUGUUAAUGUUCAGGUUGAGGUCAAUGAUGGUGCUCCAACUGUGGUUCAAGGAAUUGUCCGAGAAGGGAGCGCAACAGCUAGUAUUGAAUCUUCUAGGGUGGAAGAAGGGAAGCUUCUUGAUCAUGCAUCUGGGGUGGAAACUAGCAAUCUAGUUACUCAAACUGUUGCUACUGAAGUAGCAUUGAAUGGGCAAGAUAUGCAAAAAUUUGCUACUCAUGGGGAUAAUGGGAAUAUUAGUACUCAGCUGGAGAAUGAAGAUCCCAAGCCCCAGUAUGAAUAUCCAAAGCCCCAGCUGGAGAACGAGGAUCCAAAGCCCCGACUGGAGAACGAGGAUCCGAAGCCCCAGCUGGAGAACGAGGAUCCGAAGCCCCAGCUGGAGAAUGAGGAUCCGAAGCCCCUGCUGGAGAAUGAGGAUCCGAAGCCCAGCCUGGAGAAUGAGGGUUUAAAGCCUCCUCCUGAGGAUCCAAUGCUUCAUUCUUCUGCUCCGAACUAUCAGGUAUCUGAGGUCAGCCCUAUUUUGGGGUCUCCAGUAAAAUCUGAUUCUAUUUCUACUGAUUCUGUGUCAAUUAAUGAAAAAAUUGAACUAAAGGAUAAUAUAAUUGAUGAUAAUGUUAAACUAGAAAUAGAUGUUGUUAAGCCUGAGAUGGUGGGACCAUCAUCCAGCAAUCUUGUUGCCGCUGGUGGCGAAUCACAUCCAAUGGAUGUGGAAGAGUCACAUGAGAAGCAGGCAUCUGUUGAACAGAAAGAUGACAACGAUGCUGUAAAUGAAGACAUGAUCAGAAAAAAUGAUAGUGCUGAUGUAGGGUACUCGGAAAAGUUAAAUUUGGACAGAAGUUCAGGUGAUGACUCUAUGGAGGAUGAUGCAAUAGAAACUAAGCAAAUUGAUUCAAAGUAUAAUGAUGAUGAGUUGGGGGAUAAGAGUGUGAAAAAUGAAUUGUCUGUUAAGGAGGAAAGUAUUGUUGAUGUUGUGGGAGAUGACUUAUCUGCAGACAAAAAAGAUAUCCUUGCUGAGGGUAGGAUUCAUCCUGCCAUGCCUGCUGAGAAAAGGAAACUUAAUGACCAAGAAGUAGGUGGGAACACCGAGCCGCUGAAGAGGCAACGUAGAUGGAAAUCUGAGAGCCUUAAAGUUCCUGAAAUCCAAGGGUCGAAUCUGACGCCCUCCACCACCCCUAAGGACACAUUUCAGUCUCCUGGUCUUAAGCGCAAUUUCUCUAGAUCUGACUCUGUUAGCGAGGAUGCUCCCAAGGAACGUGCUGUUCCGCCAUCACCAAAACCUCCGACAAAUUCUCUCAGAAUUGAUCGUUUUCUGCGACCUUUUACCCUCAAAGCUGUCCAAGAGCUACUGGGUAAAACUGGGCAAGUUACAGAUUUCUGGAUGGACCACAUUAAGACCCAUUGUUAUGUUACUUAUUCUUCAGUGGAAGAAGCUGUGGAGACACGGAAUGCUGUUUAUAACCUAAAAUGGCCUUCUAAUGGUGGACGCCUUCUAAUGGCUGAGUUUGUUGACCCUCAGGAAGUGAAAAUUCGAGUGGAGACUCCUCAAGGUCCUCCACAAACCGCAGCUGUGCCUGUCAAUACUGCUUCUACUGCUCCUCCUGCUGCAACUACGCCACAGCCAUCACCGUCCUCCCGUCAACAGGUUUCUAGGCAGCAGCUUCCUCCUCCCCCACCUAUCCUCCCCCCUCCUCCACCACUUUCUAACCCAUCUCCAGUUAGAGAGCGGCUCACCAUUCCUCAACCAUCAGAGAAAGUUGAUCCACCGAUUGUCACUUUAGAUGAUCUCUUCAGGAAAACGAAAGCUACCCCGUGGAUUUACUAUCUACCGCUGUCAGAAGAACAAGUUGCUGCAAAACUUGGAGCACGCAGCAGAGCCCCCAAACAGUAGGGAUUAUGCGACUGCUCGUAGGGUUUCCUUAUGAUAGUGUCACAUAAUCAUGUCUUUGCAGGUCUGCAGGUAGUGCUUUUGUUAAGGAAUCUUUCAAGUCAAUUCGGGUUCAUUUAGUUCAUGGAUUUGGGAUUUUGUUAGACAGCUCAGUGCUGAGCCUUUAGUAAUAGCCUCUUGAUAUAGACUAUUACCGUAAAUGGAUCGAUUGUGCUUGUCACAUAUUUGGCCUUUUCUGCUAAACCAGAAUUCCAGCUUCCCUAAACUUAACAUGCUUGGGUAGCUUUGAAAAAAUAUUGGCUCAUGGGCAUCUGGUUCAAGUUGUGUUAUUUGUGGGUUCGGUACAUUUGGCUCUGAGUUAUUAUUUUAACUUAUGAUUGAGUUUAAGUCUA